UCUACAUUUAGGUCAGCAUUUGAUCACAUAUGUAAGGCAAAGAAAGAAUCUGCUUUUGUUAGGAGGUACUUCUCAGUCAACAAGUGCUUGGGAUCAAAGCUGUGAUCUCAGCAAAGUGACCAGACUAAUAAUUAUUGCCAAGGUGCUUAGUUAAUGUUACACUUGGGGAAUAACAAAUUCUGAGAAAUAAGACCAAGAUAUUCAGCUAAAGAAAAGUGCUUUGACUUCAGUGACUUCUACUGUAUCUAAAAUUACACCGUCCUGAAAACAACCUGUUAUGCAGUAUGACAUUUAAUUUUCCUUUCCUCAUCUCAGAUUAAACCAGCAUUCAGACGGGUAGGCUUCUUUAACGGCAGCAAAACAGCAACUUUCUGACAGCAGUUUUGUUCUUGCAAAAUUUCAAGUUCCCUUUCCGCAGCUCGGAGGUUGAAAGCAAAACCACCCAACUGAGGUCGAGUGGGAAUCUAGACCAAGAGAAAAUUUUACUUUGGACCUCCCCAAGGUUCGGGUCAUGUGAUGAGUCUCCUGUUUUUCUUCUCUCUCCCAGUCUGUUGGGAAACAGCAGCAGCGGUAGGUGUUCUGCGGCAAGCUAUCGUCUGAACUAGAUGUGCAUACGUACACGCGUGGGAAAACGAGUGUGCUCCGACGAAACAUUAACGCUUCUAGGCAGUUACAGAGAUGGAAAAAUAUCUGAGGCCGGGUGAAGCGGCGCCUGCCAAGUGAGGGCAGACCAGAGAAGGACGCGGAAGGCUGCAAGCAAGGAUGCGCACUGAAUUUCGUGCUGGCCCCGCAGAGGAAUGAGCAGUCGUGACAUGGAGAAUAAAGAAACACUCAGGGGGUUGCAGAAGAUGGAUGACCGCCCAGAAGAGCGCAUGAUCAGGGAGAAACUCAAGGCAACGUGUAUGCCAGCCUGGAAGCAUGAAUGGCUGGAAAGAAGAAGCAGGAGAGGUCCUGUGGUGGUAAAACCUAUCCCUGGGAAAGGAGAUGGAUUGGAAAUGAACAAACUCUCUCUAGAACCUCAAGCUGAAGGACAGAGCACUGCUUCUUCACCUACACAGAAAGGAAGACGUAGUCCUUCUCCUAGUAGCUCCUCUUCAUCAUCUUCUAGGACAGUUAAAUCUGAAUCACCGGGUGUUAGAAGAAAAAGAGUAUCUCCAGUGCCUUUUCAGAGUGGACGAAUAACACCACCUCGACGAGCCCCAUCUCCAGAUGGCUUCUCUCCAUACAGCCCUGAGGAAACAAGUCGUCGUGUCAACAAAGUUAUGCGAGCCAGGCUGUACUUGCUGCAGCAGAUAGGACCCAACUCUUUCUUAAUUGGAGGAGACAGCCCUGAUAAUAAAUACAGAGUGUUUAUUGGGCCUCAGACUUGUAGCUGCGGCCGUGGGACGUUUUGUAUUCAUCUGCUAUUUGUUAUGCUGCGGGUGUUCCAGCUUGAACCCUCAGACCCUAUGCUCUGGAGAAAGACGUUGAAGAACUUUGAGGUUGAGAGUUUGUUCCAGAAAUAUCACAGUAGGCGUAGCUCGAGGAUCAAAGCUCCAUCUCGUAACACCAUCCAGAAGUUUGUCUCACGCAUGUCAAAUUCUCAUACAUUGUCAUCAUCUAGUACUUCUACAUCUAGUUCAGAAAACAGUAUGAAGGAUGAAGAAGAACAGAUGUGCCCCAUUUGUUUGUUAGGCAUGCUGGAUGAAGAGAGCCUAACUGUAUGUGAAGAUGGCUGCAGGAACAAAUUACACCACCACUGCAUGUCAAUAUGGGCAGAAGAAUGCAGAAGAAAUAGAGAGCCACUUAUCUGUCCUCUUUGUAGAUCUAAAUGGAGAUCUCAUGAUUUCUAUAGUCACGAAUUGCCAAGCCCUGUGGAUUCUUCUGUUCUCCGUGUGGUUCAGCAACAAACUCAGCAGCAACCUACAGCUGUAUCACAGAGAAGAACCCAAGAUAGCAAUUUUAACCUUACUCAUUAUGGAGUCCAGCAGAUCCCUUCUGUCUAUAAAGAUUUAGCUGAGCCAUGGAUUCAGGUAUUUGGAAUGGAGUUAGUUGGCUGCUUGUUUUCUCGAAACUGGAAUAUACGAGAGAUGGCACUUAGACGUCUUUCCCAUGAUGUUAGUGGUGCUCUAUUACUGGCUAAUGGUGAAAGCACUGGAAAUUCUGGAAGUAGCAAUGGAAACAACACAAGUGCUGGAGCUCUGGGAGCAGCUAGUGGGUCAUCUCAGACCAGUAUCUCAGGAGAUGUGGUGGUGGAAUCCUGCUGCAGUGUGCUGUCCAUGGUCUGUGCCGACCCUGUCUACAAAGUGUAUGUUGCUGCUUUAAAAACUUUAAGAGCCAUGCUGGUAUAUACUCCCUGUCAUACUUUAGCAGAGAGGACUAAACUACAGCAACUUCUCAAGCCAGUUGUAGAGACGAUACUAGUUAAAUGUGCAGAUGCCAACAGUCGAACAAGUCAACUUUCAGUCUCAACACUACUGGAGAUGUGUAAAGGCCAAGCGGGCGAGCUGGCAAUUGGGAGAGAAAUACUUAAAUCUGGGUCCAUUGGUAUUGGUGGUGUUGAUUAUGUCUUGAAUUGUAUUCUCGGAACCCAAACCGAAUCUAGCAACUGGCAAGCUCUACUGGGGCGACUUUGUCUAAUAGACAGACUUCUGUUGGAAUUUCCUGGUGAAUUUUAUCCCCACAUUGUCUGCGGAGAUGUUUUACAGGCUGAUACUGUAGUAGACAGGUAUAAGAAACUUCUCUCCCUCUUAACUUUCGCCUUGCAGUCAAUUGAUAAUUCACACUCAAUGGUUGGUAAACUAUCGCGGAGAGUAUUUUUGAGUGCAGCAAGAAUGGUGGCAAGAGUGCCCCAUGUUUUUGUAAAGCUGUUAGAAAUGUUGAGUGUGACAAGCUCAACUCAUUAUGCAAGGAUGCGUCGACGUCUGAUGGCAAUAGCAGAUGAAAUGGAAAUUGAAGAAGCCAUCCAGCUAGGCAUGGAAGAAAUGCACUCUGGGGAUUGUCGACAUGAAGACUUUUUGCAGCUACCUGUACCAGAUAACUCUCCAGAAGCUACAGAAUGUAAUACUCCAAACAAUACUGUCCAGUUAUCGGGGAAAAGUGGCAAAGGCUUAAGUGAUAAAAAACUGAGUGCCAGUCCAGAGGAUGUGUCUGAGGCUCUGCCUGGCCUCACUGUGGGACUUCCUGUUUCAUCCACUGAGCAACCAAAGCCAGCCAUUCAAACAAAAGGAAAACCCCAGAGUCAGUGUUUGAACUCUUCUCCUUCAUCCAGUCAUUCUCAGUCACUGUUCCCAACGCUUCUGUCUCCUUCAAACCCAUCUGUACCAGCUGGCACUGUAACAGAUGUCUCUAAACUCAGACCUCAGGGAUUCAUUCCCUGCAAAAUCCCCUCACCUUCUCCUCAAACACAGCGGAAACUUUCUCUCCAGUUUCAGAGAAACUGUUCUGAAAAUAAAGAACCAGAGAAACUUUCUCCACUUUUUACCCAAGCCAGGCCAUUGCCAUCCAGUCACAUACGCAGGCCAAAGCCAUCACGACCCACCCCAAGUGAUGUGAACAAGCAGGGAGAAACCUUAAAAAGCAGUAUGACACUUGACCUGAAUGAUAUUUCACAGUGUGAUGGCAGCAGUGGUAGUAGUAGCAGUGCAGUUAUACCAAGUGAAGAGACGGUGUUCACACCAGUAGAUGAAAAAUGUCGACUGGAUGUUAAUGCAGAGCUUAAUUCCAGUAUUGAGGACCUACUUGAGGCCUCCAUGCCAACGAGUGAUGGCACAGUUACUUUCAAGUCUGAAGUUGCAGUUCUUUCUCCUGAGCGGGCGGAAAAUGAUGAUACUUACAAAGAUGAUGUAAAUCAUAAUCAAAAAUGCAAAGAAAAGAUGGAAGCUGAAGAGGAGGAAGCUUUAGCUAUUGCUAUGGCAAUGUCAGCGUCUCAAGAUGCCCUGCCAGUAAUUCCCCAACUACAGGUUGAAAAUGGUGAAGAUAUCAUAAUCAUUCAGCAGGAUACACCAGAAACCCUGCCUGGACAUACCAAAGCAAAACACCAUUACAGAGAAGAUGCAGAAUGGCUUAAAGGUCAGCAAAUUGGUCUUGGAGCUUUCUCUUCCUGUUACCAAGCUCAAGAUGUAGGAACAGGGACAUUAAUGGCUGUAAAACAGGUGACAUAUGUCAGGAACACAUCAUCUGAGCAAGAAGAAGUAGUUGAAGCACUGAGAGAAGAAAUAAGGAUGAUGAGUCAUCUGAACCAUCCGAACAUUAUUCGAAUGUUGGGUGCUACAUGUGAGAAGAGCAAUUAUAACCUCUUUAUUGAAUGGAUGGCAGGGGGUUCAGUUGCUCAUUUGUUAAGUAAAUAUGGAGCCUUCAAAGAAUCGGUUAUUAUUAAUUACACAGAACAACUGUUACGUGGCCUUUCUUACCUUCAUGAGAAUCAGAUAAUCCAUAGAGAUGUUAAAGGUGCCAAUUUGCUAAUUGACAGCACAGGUCAUAGAUUAAGAAUUGCUGAUUUUGGAGCUGCAGCCAGGUUGGCAUCAAAAGGAACUGGUGCUGGGGAGUUUCAAGGACAGUUGUUGGGAACUAUUGCAUUUAUGGCACCAGAGGUUCUGAGAGGUCAGCAAUAUGGUAGGAGCUGUGAUGUGUGGAGCGUUGGCUGUGUUGUUAUAGAAAUGGCUUGUGCUAAACCUCCCUGGAAUGCAGAGAAACACUCCAAUCAUCUUGCUCUGAUAUUCAAGAUUGCUAGUGCAACUACUGCUCCAUCAAUCCCUACGCAUCUGUCUCCUGGCUUGAAAGAUGUGACUCUUCGGUGUUUAGAACUUCAACCUCAGGACAGACCCCCAUCAAGGGAGCUGCUGAAACACCCAGUCUUCCGUACUACAUGGUAGCUACUUAUGUAUAAGGCAGAUAUACUGAAGAAGAUGCUAGUGAAUAUACAAUAUCUGUCUGUCUUGCAGUGCACUUAAGCACAGCAAAUUGUAUUAUUCUGCUGGCCUUAACAACAGAUACAUCAAGGACUUAAGGCCAGUGGAGGACCCUACCUAAGUAUGUGAUUGACAAAUCGAGAUUUUUACCUAAGCUCAGUAUGCAACUUUUCACAACUUGUGCAGAGAUUUGUAAACCGUGCCUUUUCAGACAUCUGGCUCUGUGUGAACACAAAAGCAUUUUUCCUUAAAUCUGCAUGAAUUUAGCAGAUAGGUGAUUUUUAUUUUAUUUGGAGCACUUUUUCAGCAAUAUUAGCAGCUGAGGGGCUCAGGAUCUAUUUUAAUACAGCAAUCACCGUUCCAUUUCACACCAUGUAGAUGUAAGCAGAGGAUUCUGCAAUUAAGUCAGUUUUCAGCACUGGUUAAAAGAAAGUUCUGUAUCUGUCCCUUAUAAUUUCACACAGUUCUCUGAGUAACAGAUCCAAUCAUUGACGGAUACUUUACAAAAACAUUUAGCCUUCCUUAAAGUAAGUGCAGGCAAUUGUGGCUCACUGUGCAUUUACUGCUGGCUAUGUAAUUUCUUUUGAAAUUAAAGUUUGUUUUCAUUGUAUUUUUAACUUUCAGGGAAAGGUGAUUUUUUAAAAUAGUCUUUAGAAAAAGAUACAAGCUGUGUCAUAGAACAUCUUGCUGACACAAGAGUCUUUGAGACAUAUUUGCUGAAAAUCUGGAAAAAAAUGUCACCUUCAAUAAGACAGUGUUGAAGGCUCUUGCAGGUUAUUUAAAAAAACAAAAUGGAAAAAGAUUGUUCUGCAUAAACCAACUUAGUCUAAAUCGUGCUAAAAGUUAUUGAGCCUUCUUUUCAUAUAGCAGUUUCUUCUCACAAAUUGUGUAGAGAAGUUUAAUAUCAAAAGCCCCAAACCCAGCUCCCAUUAAAGUUUAUGGGAGACUUUGACCUGUGGGAGCAGGUGUCAUCUAUGAACAAAUCUCAUUCUUUGUGUAAUGAAACUGAGGUCACAUUCUCUACUGAUAACAAGUUUUACCUGCUGUUUUCCUUCUGCCGUACAUCAUCUAUUUACUGUAGCCAUUAGUGAUAAUUUAAUUAGAAAAUGUUAAAAAUAUUACCAUAAGAAAGGUAUUUAUUUUAACAAGAAAAAAACUUUGACUUGAAAGGCAAGAUAAAGUAAAAUGUGAAGUAAAGCUUCACUUGUAGUGUAAAACUUGUGUUUUUUAGCAGGUGUGUUUUUUUUAAAACAUGUUUUUAAAAUUAUUUUAAAGGCAGGUUUUUAGAUUCUGAUGCAUGUAAUUCUGAAGGAAAAUGGCAGCUUUUCUUUUGCAUUUUUUUAAAGGGGAUCUUUUUAAAUCGAUUAUUGAUUGUGUUUAAUCCAUUUGGAAAAAAAAUACUGUUCAUGUUUUAACUCUUCAGAGGCCAGUUGGAUUGUUGGACUGAAAGAGAAUUGGUUAUUUUCAAAGACUCAGGACAAACUAAAUAAGCUAUAGUACAUUAAAAAUGUACAAUACAAAUUGGAAGUAAAACAGGUUAAAGAUAAGUUUACAGGAAUGAUAGUGCUCAUACUAACAAACAAAAAAAAAAGCAGUGUCAUUAGUUGUGAAUGUGUUUCUUUUGGAAAUUUUACAUUCCUUUGUUUUGGAAGAUUGGCAGACUUUGAAGAGUUAAAAACAUAAUACUGAAAUGUGAAGUUUGGUAGCUCUGUUUUGUACUUGACUUUUUUUUUUUUUUGACCACUUUAGAAUUUCUCAUUCUAAUGAUUGUUUCCAGGUCUUUCUUACGUGCAAGCUUUAAAGGAUGCACUCUUGCCAAUUCAUGUACUGGAAGAUCAGUUGUCAGAUUAAUACUGUUUCUGGCAGAAAUGUAAACUGUAUAAACUGAUGAACCUCAGCUAAUCAGUAUUACUUUUUAGAUCACCAUGCCUACCACAUUUCAAAUUUAAACUGCCUCUAGGUGUCCAAACGCAUUUGUUUGAGUUUGUUUGCAUUUCCCUCAGCUUGCUGGUAAUUGUGGUGUUUUUAAAAUGCAGAUGUGAUGUAAUAUUCUUAUUUUCUUUGGAUCAAAG